GAUAAUUGCCGCAGUCUUUUUUCUUGUAUUCGGCACGUGAAGUUGAAAGAAUUAAAUUUGGAAAAAUUCAAACAAGUUGUAGAAAAUGUUGUCCGCUGCACGAGCUUUAAGUAGAAAGGCUCUCGAUUGUUCCAGAGUUAAUUUCGAUAUUACUGGAAAGCGAAAUUUCUCGCAGCUAUUAAAUAACAAACCCUCGUACUUGUACUCCCCACAUCCCAAAUAUGACAGCCAGUUCCGAAAUAAAUCCGAAGGUGUCAAAGGUGCCGUUAUCGGUAUCGAUUUGGGCACCACAAACUCCUGUGUGGCCGUUAUGGAGGGCAAACAGGCGAAGGUAAUUGAAAAUUCAGAAGGGUCCCGAACGACUCCCUCUGUGGUUGCCUUUACCAAGGAUGGGGAACGCCUGGUUGGUAUGCCCGCAAAACGUCAAGCCGUCACAAAUUCCGCAAACACCUUCUAUGCCACAAAACGUUUGAUCGGUAGGAGAUUCGAGGAUCCGGAAGUUAAAAAAGAUAUGAAUAACAUUUCAUACAAAAUCGUGAAAGCUUCCAAUGGUGACGCUUGGGUUCAGGCUACCGAUGGAAAGAUGUACUCGCCCAGUCAGAUCGGCGCUUUCGUUUUGGUUAAAAUGAAGGAAACAGCGGAGGCUUAUCUUGGCACGAAGGUUAAAAAUGCCGUUAUUACCGUACCGGCUUAUUUCAACGAUUCGCAACGCCAGGCUACUAAAGAUGCUGGCCAGAUCGCUGGAUUGAACGUGUUGAGAGUUAUCAACGAGCCUACCGCCGCUGCUUUGGCUUACGGCAUGGAUAAAACUGAAGACAAAAUCAUUGCCGUUUACGACUUGGGUGGUGGCACUUUCGAUAUCUCCAUCUUGGAAAUUCAGAAGGGCGUAUUCGAGGUGAAAUCGACCAACGGCGACACCUUCUUGGGAGGUGAAGACUUCGACAACGUCCUAGUGAAUUUCCUUGUAUCCGAAUUUAAGAAAGAGCAGGGUAUCGACAUCACGAGAGACCCCAUGGCGAUGCAGCGUCUCAAAGAAGCCGCCGAGAAGGCAAAGUGCGAACUGAGCUCUUCGUUACAAACCGACAUUAACCUGCCUUACUUGACGAUGGACGCCUCCGGUCCAAAACACAUGAAUCUGAAGUUGUCGAGGUCCAAAUUCGAGAGCUUGGUGGGAGACCACAUCAAGAGAACGAUCCAGCCCUGCCAGAAAGCAUUAAAAGACGCCGAAGUGGGGAAAUCUGACGUGGGAGAGGUGCUUUUGGUUGGAGGCAUGACCAGGAUGCCGAAAGUGCAGAGCACCGUACAGGACAUCUUCGGGAAACAGCCGAGUCGUGCCGUAAACCCGGAUGAAGCCGUAGCCGUCGGCGCUGCCGUUCAAGGAGGCGUCUUAGCGGGAGACGUCACCGACGUCCUCCUACUGGACGUCACCCCGUUGUCUCUCGGUAUCGAAACUCUAGGGGGCGUCUUUACGAGACUCAUCAACAGGAACACCACCAUCCCCACGAAGAAGAGCCAAGUCUUUUCGACGGCCGCCGACGGACAGACCCAGGUGGAGAUUAAAGUACAUCAGGGCGAGCGCGAAAUGGCGGGUGAUAACAAACUGCUUGGACAAUUCUCCCUGGUGGGCAUCCCGCCGGCGCCAAGAGGAGUGCCUCAGAUCGAGGUUACGUUCGACAUCGACGCCAACGGCAUCGUACACGUCUCCGCCAGGGACAAGGGCACUGGAAAGGAACAGCAGAUAAUCAUCCAGUCGUCGGGAGGUCUGAGCAAAGACGAGAUCGAGAAUAUGGUCAAGAACGCCGAGCAGUACGCGCAGCAAGAUAAGGUCAAGAAGGAUAGGGUGGAGGCUAUCAAUCAAGCCGAGGGAAUCGUCCACGAUACUGAGUCGAAGAUGGAGGAGUACAAGGAUCAGCUGCCCAAGGAGGAGUGUGACAAGUUGAAGGAGGAGAUCGCCAAGGUUAGAGAGUUCUUGACCAAGAAGGACGAGGCCGAUCCCGAGGAGAUCCGCAAGGCCACCACAACGUUGCAGCAGUCUUCGCUUAAGUUGUUCGAAAUGGCGUACAAAAAGAUGGCGGCAGACAGAGAAAGCGCCAGCGGUAGCGGCCAGGACCAGCAGCAGCAGCAGGGCGAGGAAUCCAAAGAAAAGAAGGAAGGUCAGAAUUAAGUUAGCGCGACCGACCAACGUCGACCGUACAAACAUUUUUAGUGUAAAAUAUGUGAUGAAAUCAUGUUCUGAAGGUGCCACUUUAUUACGAUGAAAUACACCUUCGCCAACAUAGGUUUUCCAAUGAAAAAUUGCAGAUUGUGUUUAUGUGCAAUUUGGGUUUGGGAAAUUACAAAUUCAAAUCGGAGACUGACUGCGGUGUGUGUGUUGAAUGAUGGAUGUCGUUACGGAGUUUGUAUUAGUUCCACUGUUUUUUUUUAAUAGUUGUAACUGUUUUUAUCUCAAUGUGUUAUGAAUUUCUGCUAAUUAGUACAAUAUAUUUCAUAUAAAAUGUG